AUGUCAUUUAAUAUUGCAAGUUUCUCUAAUAAAAAACUUAAUGGCUAUUUAAAAAUGAGAUCAAAUAAUAUUGAUAAGUACAUAGAUAUAUUAACAGCUCAAAAAGUUGAUGAGCAACAGAUUAAGAAAUUAAUGCAAAAAAAUAAUUCUUUAAAAAAAAAACUAGCUCAAUUAAAAAAAAUUGCCAUUACUGAUAAUAAACCUUAUAGUUUCUAUAUUUGUGAUUAUUACGAUUAUUUGCUUGAUAUUGCUUUAAAUCAUGAUGUAAGAAAUUUGCAUAUUACAGGAAAUCCUGGUAUUAGAAAACCCUUUUUUGGUUAUUAUUUACUUUAUAUUCUUAUACAAAAUAAUAAGACGGUUAUAUAUGAGGAUUAUAAUAUGAAAAACUGUGUUAUUUUAUUUAGUCAAAAAAAAGUUUCUUAUCUUAAUUCAAUACUUAACAAUAAAGAAAUUCAAAGUUAUUUAUAUAAGCGAAGAAAUUUGAGAGUUUUGGAAUUGUACAAAAAGUGGGGAGGGAUUCCUUAUUACAUUUUAGAGAGUGCUAACAAUUCAGAUAUUUUAAAUGAGCUUGAAAAAGCAAUUGAAUUAUACAAUGAUUAUGCAAGAAAUCAUAAUAGAUUUAAUGAAAAAAAUUGA